CACUCAGCCCCGCCGCGGGCGUGCCUCACAGACGCCGGCGGACCGAGCCGCGCCGGUCACCACGGCGACGCCGCGCCGCUCGAGGCACUGGCGGCGUGCUCUCGCGAGAGCUGCCGCUCGCCGGAAAUGGGAGGCGACCCCGGAAGUUCCUGCGCGACGCAGCUGUGCGAUCGACUCGGCCCCUGGGCUCCAGUCCGUCCGUUCCCGAGAGGGUUACCCCUGCCGGACCUGCCAUGGACGAUACGCUGUUCCAGUUGAAGUUCACGGCAAAGCAGCUGGAGAAGCUGGCCAAGAAGGCAGAGAAGGACUCCAAGGCGGAACAGGCCAAAGUGAAGAAGGCCCUUCAGCAGAAGAACGUGGAGUGUGCCCGCGUGUAUGCCGAGAACGCAAUCCGCAAGAAGAAUGAGGGUGUGAACUGGCUCCGCAUGGCAUCCCGCGUGGACGCUGUGGCCUCUAAGGUGCAGACGGCCGUGACCAUGAAGGGGGUGACCAAGAACAUGGCACAGGUGACCAAAGCCCUGGACAGGGCACUGAGCACCAUGGACUUGCAGAAGGUUUCUGCGGUGAUGGACAGGUUCGAGCAGCAGGUGCAGAAUCUGGAUGUGCACACAUCGGUGAUGGAGGACUCCAUGAGCUCGGCCACCACGCUGACCACGCCCCAGGAGCAGGUGGACAGCCUCAUCGUGCAGAUCGCCGAGGAGAACGGCCUGGAGGUCCUGGACCAGCUCAGCCAGCUGCCCGAGGGCGCCUCCGCCGUGGGCGAGAGUUCUGUGCGCAGCCAGGAGGACCAGCUGUCCCGGAGGUUGGCCGCCUUGAGAAACUAGCUGAGCCCCCGCUGCGGGGCGCUGCGUCCCCCACCUCGACGUGUGGGAAGGGCCAGGGACGAGGGCUCCAGCUCCCCCUACCCAUGCCUCUCGCCUUCCUGCACGCCCUGUGCGGCCCUGACCUCCAGGCCUGGGAGUUGUCCCUCUUAGCAUAGAUUGUGGCUCUGUGUCCUGGUGGGUGAGUUUGCACAAACUUCUGACUUCUGUGGGUUAUUUCUGUGACUCUGGGCUGACCAGCUUGGGUUUCUACAGGCCCCCCCGCUCCAUCCCCUACCUUCUGCGGAGUUGAUGGAGACUGGCCAGUGGACCGUGGGGGCCCCCAGACUCCAUGCUGCUCACGGACCGCCAGUGGGGGUCAGCCUGCUUCCAGCUUCAGGCUGGCGGCCGAGCCCCCACUCAUGAUCCCUGGUAAAGGUUCCAGGCCUCGAGUCCAGGCGCCCCCCCCCCCCCCCCGCCCCAGGGAGUCUGCGUCCUCCUUCACUGCUGCCUCUGGAGGGCCUGGGGCUCUGGGGGCUGUGCCAUGGGCCCUCCAGGAACUCAGGGUCUGCACCGAGGCCCCUCAUAGCAAGGAGCAGGCGGUCUCCCACUCCUGGCCAGGUGCUGCCCCUGCGCUGUGUUGUCCUGUACUGUAAAUAACAGGCACCUUCCCGUGACCGGUCUCUCCUCCUGCUCCCACCGCCGGACCUGGAAGCCAGAGUGGCCGGAGCUCGGGAGCUCGGAGAGGCGCCCCCGGCAGGGCCAGCCUUGGAGGAGCCAUGGCAGCCACAGCCGGGCAGCUGGGGGCAGCCCCCCUUCCUCCGAGGAUUAUCUGUGUCAGGCUGCAGUUUCUAGUUUUUCCGUUUCCUGCAGUUUACUUUGUUUCCUUGAAGCUUUGUGGGUUUUUUGUUUUUUUGCCAAACUAGAAGGAGCAGACAGCAGGCGGGGGGCAUUGGGUCCAAGCCCCCUUCUUGGCGUGAGCUCAAGGGGGACUUCGUGGUUGGCGCUGAGCUCCGUGCUCGGCUGCCCGCCCGACCAGUCCCCCACAGAUGCCCCCCGCUGCCCGGGCCUUCCUCACGCCCAGUGCUCUUGUGGACGGAACGUCAGAGACUCGCCACGUCCGAUUCUCCUGGGCCUGGUGGGUGUUCUGUGAAGUCUGCUGUGUUGGCCUGGACACUCUGGACGGCGGUGUGAGACCCCAGGGUGCCGUCUGGCUUCCCUUCCGCAGUGCCAACCUCGCCUUACUCCCUGGCUGUGGUCUCUUGGGGCGCCCACGUGCAGGAGCGCAGAGAAGGUCCUGAGCAUCUGGGCGCGGGGGGUGCAGGGCUCCCCGCUGUAGCCCCUCAAAGAACAGCGGGCAUGUUUGCCCAUUUUCCUAAAACACUGUUGUGAGUAAACAGAUUGAUCCCUGAGAA